CUCGUCAGCAUCAUCAUGCCUGAACCAGCGAAGUCUGCUCCCAAGAAGGGCUCCAAGAAAGCGGUCACUAAGACCGCCGCGAAAGGAGGAAAGAAGCGUAGAAAGUCCAGGAAGGAGAGUUACGCUAUCUACGUGUACAAAGUGCUGAAGCAGGUUCAUCCUGACACCGGCAUCUCUUCGAAGGCGAUGGGGAUCAUGAACUCUUUCGUCAACGACAUCUUCGAGCGCAUCGCCGGUGAGUCGUCUCGUCUCGCUCACUACAACAAGCGCUCCACCAUCACCUCGAGAGAGAUCCAGACCGCCGUGCGUCUGCUGCUGCCCGGAGAGCUGGCCAAACACGCCGUGUCUGAGGGCACCAAGGCCGUCACCAAGUACACCAGCUCCAAGUAGAGUGUAACCGGACUUCCACCCCAACGGCUCUUUUAAGAGCCACCCACCUUCUCCGUUAAAGAGCUUUAAGUUUUCAUGUGCCUAAACUUCACUUGCCGUAAUGUUACCCAUGACUCUUUCCGAAUGACGCCCGGUGUUGCACUUUUGAAUUUAACACCGCUCCUAAAACAAAAUGUCGGAUGAACGUUAACUUUAUAAUAAUGUGAAAUCCCGGACUUAUGCUCUCGCGAAGGCGCUCCUGUGUAGUUGUUUUGUAGUGUAAAAUGAACUUCAUUUCUGUUUCACAACAGACCUAAUAAAGCAUAGAAAAACAACUUUGAAUGACGAUAAGUUCGGAUCAAUUUAAGGAUUGGGUCGCAGUAAUUUCACAGUAGGUUCAUUUUUUUCCCUAACACGUCUAGAUCGAUCGUGAACGUUGUUCACAUUACAUACAUUAACACAACUUGUGCUAUAAAAGAUUGAUUCAAUGUUUACCCGGUUCUUCAGCCUAUGAUUAGCUCAACUCUUACCCAUAGACUUUCCAGUCCUUAUUUUGUCACGUGUCCUGACUGUAUUAGGUGGAGAAAUCAAUUUUUCUCCAAAAAUAAAAAAAUGCACACAUUAAAACAUCGGGAUUAUGACAUACUGAAUUCACCAUUACGGGAUAAAAAAAUGGAAGUUAUUAGUGAUGGGCAUUUUGGCUCUUUAUCGUGAGCUGGCUCGGUUGACUCAGCACAUAGCUCGGCUCUUUAAAAAACAAUAAUGUUAGGUGUGAAAACAAGUCUAAUUAAAUUAUCAAAUGAAAUAAUGUAUUUUUAAAGAAAUUGUGAGAAACUGUAUUGAUUUAUGAAAAAAAAAUAAUACUAUUCAACAUUUCUGAACAACAUAAUAGAACCCAUAUUAAAGAAAAAUAAAUAACUGAAAGGAUUAAACUGCUCCCUCUUUUUUGGCAUGUUAUAUAGUCAGCAUGAACUAUCUCACUAGUUAUGUUUUGUAUAACUAGCAUGAACACACACACACAAUGCUGAUCA